AUGGUAGCUGAAGAAGGGAGAAGGUACGAGAAGCACGGAGAGGGAAUCGGAAAGAAAAGGGAAGGGAGAGAGGGAAGAGGAAAGGGGGAAAAGGGGAAGGGGGAGGGUAGAUGGAAGAGAGAAAGGACGAAGGGAAGGAAACGGAAUGGGAAAGGGAAAGGGAAGGGGAAAGGGAAAGGGAAAGGGAAGGGGAAAGGGAAAGGAUAG